UCCACUUACAAUAAAAUAGGGGGUGUAAUCUUACACGCGCACAGAGUAAUCCUUGAAGCAGAAUACCGUAUUAGUACUGCCUUGUUUGCAGAAAAAUGGAAGAAAUUUCGAAUCCUCUCUCCUCCAAUCUACCCACCACCACCACUCCUCUCCCCGUCCCGGGCGCCGCCGAUGCCAUCAACCCCUUAACUUCUUCCCCAUCCAGAAGAAUUACAGGUCCGGCUAAGUGGCCCACAAUCGAUGGUCCAUUGGGGCUCUCACAUCAAGAUUCAGUAGCUUACGCUCGUAGAUUCUUCAAUUUCGGAUUUUUCUGUCUUCCUUUCCUUUGGGCGGUCAAUUGCUUCUAUUUCUGGCCCGUUCUUCGCCACCCGAAUUCUCAUAAUUCCCACCCUCUACUCCGCCGCUAUGUUGUUGGAUCAGCAAUUGGCUUCUUGUUGUUUGCUGUGAUUCUCUCUUCAUGGUCUGUUACCUUUAUGAUUGGCGGGAACCAACUUUUUGGCCCAGUGUGGGAUAAAUUAGUUAUGUACAAUGUUGCCGAAAGAUAUGGAUUAACUGAGCUUAUGUAGAUCUACAUGUUAGCGGUUUCAGCUCCAUCAACAACAUGGAUAUAGUACUUGUUUUCUUUUGCUGAAAAAGAUUAUCAAUAUGAGUGUUCAAGUUACUGCAUUGUAUUUUAUGAGAAAGUUAACUUAUUAAUGUUGUUCUCUGUUAUUAACA